GCUAGUGCUUUGUAUGUAGCCUGUUGCAAAACUAGGCAAAGAUCUAAAUGAGUUGAUGUACCCCCUGGAAGACCUCAGCGUACCCCUAAGAGUAUGUACACCCCUGGUUGAGAACCACUGAGUUACAUGACAGCUGAGUGGUGACCCACCAUGUCCAGCACCCCCAUCUUACCCUGUGAAUCCCCUUCACCAGGAACCAAACUUCGGAUAAUUCAUUACCAUGCAGGUGUUGCUUUGAUGGGGGACCACCAUAAUACUAGCAGAGAGUCCUGGUUCCCCCUGUCCCAUCUAAUCCACUAUACCCCUCUCCCUUCCCACAGCUGAAGACAGAACCCAGGAGUCCUGGCUCCCCACCCCCAUGCACUAACCCACCAGGCUGCAGACUGCUCACAUCAUUAUCAGCAGACAGCUCUGUCCCUCGGGGAGCAGAGAGUUAACACUGCAUUUCCUGCAGCUCAGAGAAGCCGUGGGGCAGGCGGUGCAGGGAGACAGUGUGGGGACUGUGGGGGGGAACGAGACGGGACCCCUUUCUCUCCUGCCUCCUGCCCUGCCCCAUCCCCACGUGAGACCCUCAGGAGGUGUCCCCUGAGGUUGUGAAUCCAGCACAAGACCCAGCUUUCCCGGGCACCUGGUGCUGUCCAUGGCUCUGGAGUGCCAGCCCCUGGGCACAGUAUCUGUGCGCCUGCAGAUUGGGCUGUCCCGAGAGUCAUACAUGCUGCCCCCAGAGGAGCUGGGUUACGGGCACCUGCGGCACCUGGCAGUGGAGCUGGUGGAGAGGAAGUUCCCUGAAUACGGCUUCCUGGGGGUGUCGGAGAAGAUCAUGCUAUUCCGGCAUGACGCCGCAUCAGAGAAUGUGCUGGAGCACCUGGGGCCAGACAGUGUCGUGCGUGCUGGGGACCUGAUUGAGGUCGUGCUGUCGGCCUCGGUUUCCUUGGAUUUCACUAUCCGGCCCCAUGUGCUGCUUGUUCACUCCUACAAGGCCCCAGCCUUCUGCGACUACUGCGGGGAGAUGCUCUGGGGGCUGGUGCGCCAAGGGUUAAAGUGUCAAGGCUGCGGGCUGAACUAUCACAAGCGCUGUGCCUUCAAGAUCCCCAACAACUGCCGCGGUGUGAGGAGGAACCAGCUGGCCAGUCGCUCACUGGGCGCUACCACCAGCCCCAGGACUCCUAUCCUUGGCCAGAACGUGGGGGGCAGCCUGGAGGAGAUCAGUCACUGGAAGUGGGGCCAGCAGACGCAGGGCCCUGCACUGAUUGGCCGCCCACUCUGGAAGGACUGGAUGGAUCUGAACCGGGUCAAAGUGCCACACACCUUCCAGGUCCACUCGUACACCCGGCCCACUGUGUGCCAGCACUGCAAGCGCCUGCUCAAGGGGCUCUUCCGCCAGGGGCUACAGUGCAAAGAUGGCGAGAGCCCAGAGUGCCCAUCUAGCAAGCCAGAGCCAGUGGAAGGAGAGGCGGAUGGGGAGGGCACCAGUGGGCAUGAGCUGGCAGAGGACACAGAGCCCAGUCCUGGGGCUCUAGAGGCAGAGCUGCACACCAACCUCAGCCCCUGUUUCAGCAGCUACAUCCCCUUGAUGCGGGUGGUGCAGUCCUGCCGGCACACCAAGAGGCGGCGCAGCGCCGUCCUGCUGGAGGGAUGGAUGGUGCACUUCACCAGCAGGGACCCCAUGAGGAAGCGCCAUUACUGGGUGCUGGACAGCAAGAGCCUGAGCUUCUUCCACUGUGAGAGCGGAGGCAAGUUCUACAAGGAGCUGCCGCUGUCUGAGAUCCUCCAGAUCCGCCCCUGGGAGGGGCUGACACCCUUGGCAUCCAGCGGGAGCCCCCCCUGCUUUGAGCUGGUGACAGAGGCCCUGGUGUACUACGUGGGCGAGCAGAGCAGUGAGCGGGAGCCAGGGCAGGUCUGGGCAAGGGCGGAGGCUGGAAAGGCCUGGGCCAGGGCCAUCCGCCAGGCCCUAUGGCCCGUGAACCCCCAGCCUGAUGGCUCUGUCCAGGAGCCCAAUUCUGACUAUGAGUCCCCAGAUGACGCGGACAUCAGCCGUUCCUAUCAGAUCUUCCCUGACGAGGUGCUGGGCGCUGGGCAGUUCGGGGUGGUGUAUGGCGGAAAGCACAGGAAAUCUGGCCGGGAUGUGGCCGUGAAAGUCAUCGACAAGCUGCGCUUCCCUCCCCGGCAGGAAAAUCAGUUCCGCAAUGAGGUCUCCAUCCUGCAGAGCCUGCACUCCCCCUGCGUGGUGCACCUGGAGUGCAUGUUCGAAGGCCCCGCCCGGCUCUUUGUGGUGAUGGAGCGGCUGCAGGGCGACAUGCUGGAAAUGAUCCUGUCCAGCGAGAAUGGGCGGCUGCCCGAACCCCUUGCCAAGUUCCUCACUGCCCAGAUCCUGUCUGCCCUGCGCCACCUGCACACCCGGAACAUCGUGCACUGUGACCUCAAGCCAGAGAACGUGCUGCUGGCCUCGGAUGAGCCUUACCCCCAGGUGAAGCUCUGUGACUUUGGCUUCGCCCGGAUCAUUGAGGAGUCAUCGUUCCGGCGCUCGGUGGUGGGGACCCCGGCGUAUCUGGCGCCCGAAGUGCUACGGCAACAUGGUUACAACCGCGCCCUGGACAUGUGGGCUGUGGGCGUCAUCAUCUAUGUCAGCCUGAGUGGGACCUUCCCCUUCAACGAGGAGGAGGACGUCAAUGAUCAGAUCCAGAACGCGGCCUUCAUGUAUCCCCGGCAGACCUGGGCCAGCAUCUCCCUCGAGGCUGUCAGCCUCAUCCACCAGCUGCUGCAGGUGAAGCUGAGGAAGCGACUGAGUGUGAACAAGGCGCUGAACCACCCCUGGCUGCAGGAUUUCCAGACCUGGCUGGCCCUGCGGGAGCUGGAGACCCGUGUGGGGCAGCGCUACCUCACCCAUCCAACUGAAGACGCUCGCUGGCAGCGCCUCGCCCGUGAGCAGGGGCUGGCCUGGCCAUCAGGGCUCACCAUUCAGCCCAGCCUGGAGGAGGAAGGGGACAGCGACAAUGCAGACGAGGGGAGCUGAGCCCUCCCCCGCAGGACUCACUACUCAUGGGAAGUGGGGGGUGCGGGGACCCCUCAGCACAUUGUCCCCAUAAACUGAUUUCCCCCAAACAUGGCACCAUGUAGUCUGUGCAGGGUGCGCGCCUGUCUUGCUGGAGCCUGUUCACAUGUGGGUGGGGGGUCCACAGGCUCAGAUUCCCCUGCACAAAUGCUGCCCUAGCUCAGACCCCUCCAACAUUAAAUCCCCGAC